UUUUGCACGAGUUUAUUCUGUCUGCCGCUGGUUCAGAUCAAUGGCUGCAGUUCGCACCUCAUACUCUUUCUUCUGCCACCUCCUGUGCGUCCUGCUGCAAAAUCUUCGAUUUCAAGUCUUUCCAUUCGGCAGCCAAUUCGUCCCUGCAUCAUAUAUGUCCGCCUUUUCAGAGCUAUGAAACGACUCAAGCUAAUUACACAGCUUAUGGAGCCGAAAACCGUUGAAGCAUACCAGAGAAUCAGGGAGUUGAUGGCUAGACCCCUUGAAAGUUUUGGCGACUAUAAAGAUGAGGAAUCCGACUCACUCGGCAAGUCAAAAGCAAAUAACUUGUGUCGGAUGCUUCAACGUGCAAAAGAAUGUUCGGAGUAUAUGGACCCGAUCAACGAAGAAGCUGAAAGGAAAAUUAACGAGUUGUUGGCUAGGCCUCUUGAAAGUUUUGAUAUUGAUGAAUAAUUUUGUAUUUGUUUGUUUGCUUAUUAUGAUAAAUGAAUAAUGUUUCGUUAGUUGAUUGUGAUAAAAAAUUU